AGUUGUAACGAUCAAAAAAAGGCGGUGGCUAUUUGCUUACAGAGAUCGCCGUGUGUGCUCAUAGAGCGAAACUCUCCCAAGGACUGUUUGCUGAAGUCGGAGUUGGCGCGUGACUUGCCCGAGCUCUGUGUCAAUCAGUUUAAAGCUUUCAUGGACUGUAAGCGCGGCAUGAUCGACAUGCGCAAGCGUAUCAGGGGGAACGGGCCGUUAUCCACCGGGAAGUACGACGAAACGUACUCGAAGCUCUCUAGUGGUGAUUUUAACGCCGAAGACGAGGUUCUGAAGUUGAGAAAGUUGAAUGGUAAAUAA